ACGAUGAAGAUGGCAUCGGACUCUGUGGUGUGUGUGUUUCUGCUCUGCUGCUCCGCUGUCGCCUCCCAAGGUUGUGACCAGUUUGCUGCAGUGGGUGGAAGCUCCAUUGUUCAUCUAGGAUACCAACUAAAACCUACCGAUACUCUGAAGUGGAAGCUAAAUGGCAGCAUAAUAUUUAAUAAAAAACCAGGAAGGAUAUCUAUUGGGAAAGAAAGUGAUGUUAAUGCAGACGGAUCCCUUMAACUGGUAAACCUGAAGGAGAACCAAGCAGGACUUUACACCUCUGAUGUUUAUCACGAAAAUGGAAAAGCGCUGAUCCUGAAGAGCACAAACCUAUGUCUACUGGAUUGUGACCAGUUCGCUGCAGCAGAUAGAAACUUUGCUGUUCCUCUGGGAURCCAACUAAAACCCACUGAGUCUUUGAAGUGGGAGUUCAAUGGAAACACAUUAUUUUACAAAAGAUCAGCAGAGGUAGUUAUUGGUAAAACAGAAGAYAUAAAUGAAGAUGGUUCCCUCAAACUGAUCAAUCUGMAGAAGAACCAAACGGGACGCUACACCUCGGAGGUUUUUGAUKAAACAAGGAAAGCRCGCACCAUGAAGGAAACAAAUCUAUGUGUGAUUGAUCCUGUGAAGAAGCCUAAAGUAAAUGCAACAUGUCAGAAUGGAAACGUGACGUUUCACUGCUUUCUUGGUCCACAACCUACGGACGCGGAACACAAGUGGCUCCGGAACGGAGCCAAGAUGGAGGAAAACGGUUUGACUUUUGAGACAAAAGCAGCAGAAACUCAACACGACAAAUUUGUCUGCAAAGUUUUCAAUGAAGUCAGCUCUGAACCCAGUGAGCCUGUCGCUCACAGCUGUGCUAAAAUAAAUCUUCCCAGUGUCUGGGAUCUUAUUGGUGGUGGAGGAGUGUCAUGCUUGGUCUAA